AUGGGGAAGGAAUCACGCUUUCGGUGGGACUGGCUCCCACUUAUCGCCCCAUGGAGAGCCACUGCCUCCUACUCCAAUCCGUAUCUUCCUCUGGACACCAUGGGCAACAGUUCAGAAGCCGGGGACGAGAAGCUGGACUCGAAGCACGAUUUUGUGGCCGUCGCCACAAGCGAGGUAGAUACAGCUGCUGAGCUCGCCGCCGGUGAUCAUGGCCCCCUUGAUCCUGCAGAAGCACACCGCGUCAGGAGGAAGAUUGACCUACAUAUCCUUCCGCUCAUGUGUAUUCUCUACUGGAUUCAAUUCAUGGAUAAGACGACUCUUGGGGCCGCUGCUAUUCUUGGAAUCAGAGAAGCUACGCAUUUGACCACCAAUCAAUAUAACUGGCUCGGAACAAUAUUCUACCUCAGCUAUCUUGCCUUCGAGUUUCCUCAAAACCUCGCCUUGCAACGCUUCCCUGUUGGAAAAUGGAUGUCGUUGAACAUCUCGAUAUGGGCUGUCGCACUGUGCGCGCACGCUGCUUGCAAGAAUUUUGCCGGCUUGUUUGUUGUGCGACUCAUCCUCGGCAUGUGCGAGGGUUCGAUCACGGCAGGCUUCAUGAUUGUCAGCUCUAUGUUCUACACCCGCACGGAGCAGACUCUAAGGGUUGGUUACUGGUUCCUGAUGAAUGGUACAGCCCAGAUCAUAACAGGCUUCAUCAGUUUUGGAACCUUGCAUAUUAAAACCGGAGAAUUUGAGCCCUGGCAAUGGUUGAUGAUUAUUACGGGCAUCAUUACUCUCCUGGCAGCGCUUGCGUUUUGGUUCCUCUUCCCCGACUCGCCUACUAACGCGUGGUUCCUAACUCCUGCUGAACGAGCAACAGCGGUCCGAAGGUUGAAGGAAAAUCAAACCGGCGUAGAAAAUAAGCAUUUCAAGAAGGAUCAAAUGAUCGAGGCCUUGCUUGAUCCAAAGACAUGGCUCUUUGCGCUUUUCUCUGCUCUCGACAACGUGCCGAACUCGUUGACAAACCAACGCCAAAUCAUCGUCUCAUCGUUUGGAUUCACUCCUUUGCAAACUACCUUGCUAGGUUGCGUCGAUGGCGUUAUCGAAAUCGUGACAAUCUGGACGGGAGUGACGAUUGCGGCGCGCAUACCUGACUCGCGAGCGUACGUCGGUGCCUUGUAUAUGGUUCCCAACGUGUUGGGCGUAUUUUUGGUCAAUUUCCUACCUUGGGAGAACAAAAUCGGGUUGCUGUUCUCCGUAUGGAUUACUGGUGUCGGCACGACGGGCUUCGUCUUAUCCUUGGCCUGGGUGUCCAGCGUUACAGCUGGGCACACCAAACGUAUCACAACCAACGCUAUCAUGCUUUCUGCAUAUUGCAUCGGCAACUCUGCUGGGCCGUUUAUGUGGCAGUCACAGUACCGUCCCAGGAACCAUAUCCCGUGGAUCAUCAUCGGCAUCUGCUACGCCUGCUGUAUGGCUAUCUUACUAAUCAUCCGACUCAUGCUGUCGAGGGAGAAUAAGCGCCGCGAUCGCGAGCCGCUUGAUGAGACCUACGAAGAUGUUUAUAUUGAACGAACGGGAAAGGACGGGGAAGUUGAGAAGGUUAAGGUUGAUAAGGAAUUCUUGGAUCUUACUGAUAGACAAAAUCGGGAAUACAGAUAUGUGCUAUGA